AUGCAAGGCCUCGGGAAGUGCACAGAGGCUAUCAAGUCCUUCGAAAAAGUACUCGAGUAUCUCGAAAAGGAGAAGGCGCAGCAGUGGGCCUGGGGGAUCAAAGAAUGCCCCCUGUGGCAUGGCGAACGAGCAAGUGCGGACUACGGCAUAGCGAAUUGUAGCCGGGAUAUCAGCACAAAUGCCCGCAUAUCGGUGGCCGAACACAAGAGCCUCCUUGAAGAGAUACGGGCACGCUGCCCAGUCAAUACGGACACGUACAAGAACAUAACCUCUGUCCUAGUGAACAACCACGGCUAUAAACUGACCGCGAAGGAAAACGCCUGUGCGUGUCGCGACACUGAGUGUGCGAUCUGUCUCAAGUCUCUGGUUAAGGAUGUCCACGUGUUGGGUUGCUUUCACGGCUUUCAUAACCGAUGUUUCCAGAAGUAUCUGACAGAGCAGGCGGCGAAAGGUAUGGAGGCAUUAGCAACGGGAGCGGAAACGAGAAGAGCGUUCUGUCCAGUGUGUCGGGACGAGGGAUGGAGUCAAAUGACACUGCUGGGUUCUUGACGAACUUUGUCGAGGAACAACGCCGGACAUAACAAAUAUGGCGAAGGGUGUCCCUUUGCGGAUAGUGUGCGAACGUGAAGUGCAAAAGAGCGCAUGCAGUGCUGGUCGUGUUUCCUAGAAAAUUCAAAGGCGAUGUGAAUACCCCAUUUGUAUCAAGAGCCUUCCUGCUCCUUCCUCGGUAUUUUCGUUUAGACAUUGAUUCCGGUAUAUGUAAAUUUUUCACGUGAGGUAUGGAGUAACACUAUGCCAAAAGCGAACAUAGAAAAGCUGCCUUGUAGCCAAAAAACGCACAUAAAAUUCAGGGAUCAGCGGCGCAGUAUUCGUCUCAAAAAGGAAAACUUUCACGAAGAAUGUACAAGAAACGCAACUUAAUGCGCGUUUUUUGGCUAAAAAACCACUUUUCUAUGUUCGCUUCUGGCACAGUGUUACUCCAUAGCGUGAGGAGCAGCUCCGUAUCCUCCGAGCUUCAUAGACAAACAUGAAACAGGCAGAAAAAUAUAGAUCCAGAUCGAAAGACGUACGCAUACACACAUAAAAAUCUAGAGCCGUCCAUCUCCGUUAUCAGGAGGGCUAGGGCAGGAACAUGACGUCUCUACCCUUGUUGGCCCGACAAUAGUGGUG